AUGCGUACCCCACCGGAAGCACCACCUGCUAUCGAGCUGGCUGAUAUCAGUUGCACCGUAGAUGCAGCUUGUGAUGCCAUAUCUCGGUCGUGUGGUUUGGGCAUCGUCUUCAACUUCAGAGAUGAGAAUCAGAGACUCACCUUCUCGAGCUCUCGACACCAUGUCUCCUCGGCUCUCGCAGCUGAAGCAUGGGCUAUUCGCGAGGCUCUUCUAUUAGCGACUGAACGAGGAUGUGAAGAGAUUCAAGUGCUUUCGUACUGUUUGUCCAUCGUGAAUUCUCUCCAAUCUCAGAACUCCCUUAAUGAGAUCUAUGCUAUUGUCUCCGAUAUCCGUCGUUUGACGAUAUCCUUUUCCUCUUUCUCUAUUGCGCAUAUCCCCCGGACUCUUAAUACUGUGGCGGAUUCUGUAGCCAAAGAAACUCUUCGAACUCUCUUAAACGAUGUUCUCUGA